UCCACAUGACUUUACCACGUUCCUCUCCACGUUCCUCACCCACUAUACGCAUGAAUGUUGUGUUAGUGUACAUUAGGUUAGGUCAAGUUGUGAGUUACGUCUGUUUCGAAUCGUGUAUUCCUGAUUCUCUCUGGGUUCUUGCAAUGUUUUGACAGUAAGAUAUUGUUUACGCUCGCGAAAGAUGAUACUUAUAAAAUGUGCCAUGACGGAACAACUAAUCCGAAGAGGCGCCUUAUCGGCAGUGGCAUUCACCCGCAGGUCGAGAUCAUUGCCAACUCUUGGCACGAGUUACAUUCAGCAAUGUAGAGGCAAGAAAAGUGAUAGCAAUACAAACUUGCCAGAGUCUCUGUUCCAUCCUGUGCCUAUUAAACCGAAUCCAGAUGAUAUAAACGUCGGCGCCGAAUUGACUGGUUCUUCUUUGAAGAACACAGAUCUGUUAAAAAUAUUAAAUGCCUUCUCGCAGAAAACAGAGAUCAAGGAGCUAGCUCAACAAUAUGGAUUGGAUAGCUGUCUCCAGAGACAAGCUUUCAUGAACUUUAAACAGUACUGUCUAGGAACGGAACCAUUACCCGUGGAUCUCUAUGUAGUCCUAAGUGAUAUCCUGCAAGGUGCUGGAAAUAUUGCUGAUAUUUUUCCAUAUUUCAUAAGUCAUGCUAAGCAAAUAUUUCCACAUAUUGAUUGCUUAGAUGAUCUCAAAAAGAUUAGUGAUCUAAGAAGUCCUGCUUCUUGGUAUCCUCUUGCAAGAGCAAAAAAUAGAAAAAUAAUUUUUCAUGCUGGACCAACGAACAGUGGGAAGACUUAUCAUGCUCUAGAAAGGUUUAUUACUGCAAAAAGUGGAGUGUACUGUGCACCACUAAAAUUACUAGUUGCAGAAGUAUUUCAUAAAUGCAAUGAAAGAGGAACACCAUGUGAUUUAUUAACUGGAGAAGAACGAAAAUAUGUUAAGGGUCAUGAUAACGCAGCCAAUCAUUUAUCUUGUUCUGUAGAAAUGGUCAAUCUACAAAACAAUUAUGAAGUAGCUGUAAUUGACGAAAUUCAAUUAAUGCGUGAUCUCAAUAGAGGCUGGGCAUGGACAAGAGCUCUUCUGGGAAUUCCUGCGGAUGAGAUACAUUUAUGCGGUGAAGCUGGUGCAAUAGAAUUAGUAAAGUCUAUAUGCGUUUCAACGGGUGAAGAUGUAGAAGUACGCAGAUAUAAACGAUUAACGGAAUUGGAAAUAGAGAACCAAGCUGUCGAAACUUUGAAUAAUGUUAUGCCGGGAGAUUGCAUAGUCUGCUUUAACAAAAAUGAUAUCUAUACUGUGUCGCGUUCCCUCGAAAGCAGGGGAAAGGAAGUGGCUGUAAUAUAUGGCAGCUUACCACCGGGCACCAAAUUGGCGCAAGCUGCGAAAUUUAACGAUCCUAAUAAUUCUUGUAAAAUCUUGGUAGCAACAAAUGCCAUUGGAAUGGGUUUGAAUUUACACAUCCGAAGAAUUAUAUUUUAUUCAUUGAUUCAACCAACGUUCAAUGAAAAAGGUGAAAAGGAAAUGGACGUUAUGUCUGUGUCAGCGGCUCUGCAAAUAGCAGGUCGCGCUGGACGUUAUGGCACAGUUUGGGAUACAGGCUACGUAACGACAUUUAAACGGGAGGAUCUGCCGACUUUGAAAAACUUGUUGAGUCAAACACCGGAACCAAUAACGCAAGCUGGUCUCCACCCAACAGCGGAUCAAAUUGAACUGUACGCUUAUCAUUUACCAAACUCGACGUUAUCAAAUCUUAUGGAUAUUUUUGUAUCUUUAUGCACAGUCGACGAUUCUCUUUAUUUUAUGUGCAACAUAGACGACUUCAAGUUUCUGGCCGAUAUGAUACAACAUGUUUCACUGCCGCUUCGUGCGAGAUACGUAUUCUGUUGCGCACCGAUUAAUCGGAAAUCGCCAUAUGUAUGCACUAUGUUCUUGAAGUUUGCACGUCAAUAUAGUAAAAACGAUGCAAUAACAUUUAACUGGUUGUGCCAACACAUUGGGUGGCCCUUUCAAAUGCCAAGAACCAUCAUCGAUUUGGUCGACCUGGAAGGUGUCUUUGAUGUGUUGGAUCUUUAUCUAUGGUUAAGUUACCGCUUCAUGGACUUAUUCCCGGAUGCUGAGACGGUUCGUGACAUACAGAAAGAACUUGAUGCACUUAUUGAGGCAGGAAUAGUUAGAUUAACGACUUUGUUGUUAAAUUCGGAUGCAAGUGAAGAGGCCGAUAGUUUCGAGUCGCAAACGCAAAAGCGAAACUUUUACAGAGAUUUUAAAGAAAGUGGCAAACGUGUGGGUAGAGGUAAAUUGACCGAAAGAUUAAUAGCGGAAGGACUGUUAACACCACAGAUGUUACGUGAAUUGCAAUCUGAAUGGAUUAGAUCGACAAAGAAGAAAAAGUAAUAUAACUAUAGCAAAAUAUUAAAAUUGAUUAAAAGAAAUUUUUUAUUGUGAGCAACAUAAUUGUGAAAAAAUAUAAUUAGGUUGACAUAAUGUGAAUGAUAUAAUAUGUUUAAGAAUAUUGAUACUGUAUAAACAAUGUUACAAGUACAAUGCACAAAAUUAUGCAUAAAAGAAUUAAGUCAUUAUGUCUGUUAUUAUAAGUAUUAUUUUAA